AUGUUAUAAUAGAUUAAAAGAUAUAAAAAUUUAGCAAAAUUUAAAAGCUCUUCACUUUUAUCUCAUUAGGUUCUCCAUAUUGAUCUGAGUUCAUAUUUCCUAGCUCAGAAAAAGAUCAACUUUUAGUAGUGGUAAAUUUAUAAAUUAAGGUGA